CCAACUUCAGAGUGUUCAGGACUGUGUCUACUCCCUGGAAGGAGGCAUAUAGGGGUGUGGAAGCCUGCAGAGGGCAAAAGGUGCAGGGGAUGCCCCAGCUUCAUUAUUUCCCAGGGGGAUCCAUUCCGGUUUUGGACAGCCAUGGUCAAUGCUGAUUCCUGUAUGUGUAAAGACACUCCAGCUGCCAGGGAGUGAGAACUGAGGGGGUCAGCGAUCCACCAGCUGUGAGGCAGCCGUCCCGCCGGCAGCUCUUGGCUCAGGUGACAAAGAAGGAGUUGUGAGUGCAAGAACCCCAGGCCGGCGACCAGCCCAGAGCACAGGGAGCAGGACUGAGCGGGUGGGCUCAGGCUGGUGUGAACAUGAAGGCAUUCUGCAGGGCUCUGCUGGCUCUGUGCUGGGCUUUCAGGGUUGGAGAAUCGCGAGAGAGCCUCCCGAUGCAGAGCCUGCACUGCUACAAUGACUACACCUCCCAGACGACCUGCACAUGGCAGGAAUGCACAGCGGCACGUCGCUUCCUCAAUGUGACUCUUUACCAUGAGGACAAUUUAAACAAUAACAGCACGCAGAUGCCAUGUGAGCCUCAGGGAACCAAGAGGUUGCCUGACUGCCAGGACUCCUGUGUCUGCUGGAGCUGCCACAGGAACAGCACCCUUUUUGCUAUGGGGGUGAAUGAUACUUACACUUUCAAACCUGAUCGGUUGCUGCAGGCCGAGCUGAACGUCAGCCUCUUCCAGCAUGUCCAGCCCCUCCCACCUCAGAAGCUCUGGAUCAACGUCACAGAAGCAGGUGACUUCUUGCUGGCCUGGGAAGCAGCUGAAGGGAGUAAGAGAAGCCACUGGGUGCAUGAUGAAUUGGAGUUUGAAGUGACCUACAGGAGGGAGUGGGAAUCCUGGGAGAACUCUUCCUCGGUGUCAGUCGCAAAGUCCUCCCAUUACCUGCUGAGGCGUGAUGCCCUUGUGCCAGGCAGCACCUAUGUAGCUCGUGUGCGAUCCAAGCCGAGCCAGGGCGCUGGUUGGUCUGGGCAGUCCAGCGAAUGGAGCACUGCUGUGUCCUGGAAGUCCCAGGAAGGGGAUGAGGCUCAGCCCAAGAACCUUCGCUGCCUCUUCAAUGGGGUUGAUCGGCUAACGUGCAGCUGGGAAGUGAGGAGAGAGGUCACCAGCUCUGUCUUGUUCACGCUCUUCUACAGAACCCCACCGGCAUCAGAAGAGACAGAAUGCUCUCCAGUCCAUGAGGAGGAAUUGCCUGGCAGCCACUACCAGUUCCACAGCUGUGAGAUCAAUGUCACCAACCCCAGCAGGCUGAGCCAGUACUUCAUAACUGUCCGGCCCAAGAAGGAAGAGAAACUGAUUAAAGCCUACAAAAACAUCAAGCCACUUGCACCUGUCAACGUGACAAUGACAAAGACAAAAGACCUGAAGUAUGAGCUGAGGUGGACAAAACAGAUCCUAAGCUUUGAGCAUAUAGGCCAGAGAUAUGAAUUCUUGUAUUGGAAGACUGGUGACUCCAUAGAGAAUGCCCAGCUUGUAAACAUCAGCAAUGACAAGCCUCCCCUCAUCUUCACCCUGCAGAUGCUGGAGCCCUCCACACACUAUAGGGGGAGAAUGCGGGCAAGGGUGCACUUGGGCGGCUACAAGGGGCCCUGGAGCGAGUGGAGUGAGGAGUGCACCUGGGAAACUGAGAGUGACGAGUCACAACUGAUUCUCCUACUGCUGGUCCCAGUCUUCACCACCAUGCUGAUAGCAUUUGGCUGGUGCAUUUAUAGAUGCCUACUCAGCAAGAAGAAAAAAUGGGAGGAAAAGAUUCCAAAUCCUGGCAGGAGUCAGCUGCUCCAGAGCUACCUCCAGAAAAUACAGCUCGGGAUUCCGCUGCCAAGCAGCCAGCUGGACUUUGGCAAGCAGAGCCCUUCUGAGAAGACGGACCUGGCCAGCUGCAUCCAAGUGCUGGAUGGACCGAUGAAAGUUAAUUCAGCAGAGCUCCCUGCAGCCUUGGCCGAUAGGAUGAUGUGCUUCCUUGGUGCACUGGACCCAGAGAACCCGUAUCAGACUCUUGAAAUGACAACUCCAGCUCCACAUCCGGCAGCCCCGGCUGGCUGCCAUUCAAGUCAGGGCACCAGUCAGUCCCUGUCGCCAGCCACGCUCCCCUGGAGGAUCAGUGCUAAGGUCACUGCUUCUCAGGCACCCAUGUCCUGCUUUGACUUUAAUGGUCCAUACUUGAGCCUCCCCCAUGGGUGCUCCCUGCCUGACGUUCAUCAGGACUGGGAAGCUGCCCCACUGGGAACCAGGGAGAGGCUAGUGUCCCUGGAGUACGUGUCCCUACCCCAGGGGGCCCCUUCCCAGACCCUGCUGGUGGGGGAGGAGAGAGGAGCAGCUCAGCUCCACCCCAUCUCGCUUCCUGCUCAGAAAGAGAUGAAGCAGCCCCUUGCUGGAGGGCAAGAAGGGCCACAAGGCCAGCCAGCAGGUGGGGAAGUGGCGCAAGGGGACUCCGAAGGUCAAAGGUCACCUAUUGCUGCCAUCUUAAACAACUCCUGUCAGAAAUUGCCAUCAGGAUACGUCACCACGGAAGAUCUGUCACUGAUGCCAGCAAGAGACUCUGCCCAUCUGUCCCCUGCACUGGCCCUGCCAGAGGUAAUUCUCACUGCUUCUGGCAUGUUGUCAUCCAACCCACAACUGCCCCAUGCCACAGAGAGCACCCCUAGCCCUGAGUUGGGACCUGAAAAACUUUGUGUCACAGUCCCACUUCCGUCUCCAGCAUCAGCCAAUCUCUCUGGAAUUGAGAGCUACGUUAUGUUCCCCAAUGCUCUCUAUGGCACCCCAGAACCCAAUUGUUUUCCCCCACCCAUCCUCUCAGAGGGGGUUGAUUUAGCUAAAGCAGAGCCUGGGCAAGAGGACAAUGUGAUCAUGUUCAACCCCGACGGCACCGGGCCAGUUUUUCUACGUCAGGUGGGGGAAUACUGCUUCUUUCCCGGCCUCAAACCUGGUGAGAAGACCCCCAUGGGUGAGAAAGACCCCCUGGCUGAUCAGACAUCAGAAGCCAGACAGGCAUUUGGAAAGCCGCCCUGUGAUGGAGGAUCUGUCAAUGGCGAGCAAGAGCCUGCACUUCACAUGCAGGCCAUUCAGCUCUUCAAAACCCUGAAGUGUGACGAUUACUUUGUGUUGCCUCCGUGGGCAGGACAGGAACCGGCUUUCAGGGCCAAGGAACUGUGCUAGCGCUGUGAGAGGACUGGUGAGGGCAAGAGAGCAGGUGAAUGGAUGAAAAGUCUCCCACUCGAAGCAUGUUGCCUCUUCUUGUCAUCACUGUUUCCCCUUCUGAACCCAGGCAGGAAAAACACAAAGGGCAAUUCUUCUUCCCAGCCCUCCUUCUUCCAAAGUGCGUGGCGGAUGUUAAUCAGCACCAUGUCUUCCUCAGCUGUAUCAGUGUCCUUGGCUAGAGAAACCAGGAAACCUAUCCCCAUGGGAGAGAUCUGCUCAUCCUCCUGCCAUUAUCACGUUAGCCUUGCCAUGCUUCUGCUGCAAUGUAAUGUUGAGUUCAGCGCAAACUUCACGGCAUGAAUGAUCAAACGUCAUGUCAUGGAUAAGAUUCUGGUGCAAGCACCUGGACUGAAAUGCCUCGCAUUCUGAAAACAGAUCUAGUUUUUUAGAGAGAUAAUACCCAUCCAGAAGAAUUAGGGUAUGUCUACACUACAAGAGUAGUUCGAAUCAACUUAAGUCGAAUUUGUAGAAUCGACCUUACAAAGUCGAAUUUGUGUGUCCACAGUAAGGACACUAAUUCGACUUUGUGAGUCCAC